UGUAAAAGUUUUAGUCAGUCCAAGUAGACCGUGCGCCUCGACGCACCGCUCAGACAGCCGGAGAGAUGGGAGCCACACAAACACACUCCGAGUACCAAUACGAGAACAUGGUGGGAAAAACUGGAUUUUCAACCGAGCAGAUUAAAAACCUGCACAUGCGAUUUCAGCAGCUGUGUGGAAAUGAAAAAACACUAAGAAAAGAACACCUGGAGAACAUACCAACUCUCGCCGAUAACCCCAUCAAAACGGAAAUUAUCAAGGCGUUCUUUGAUAAAAGGAACCAGCAUAAUAAUGAGUUGGGAUCAUAUGAGGAAAUCGGCUUUGAGGAGUUCCUCAUGGUCAUGUCCCACUUCCGUCCUCCAAGUAUUAAAACAUCAGCGGAGGAGAAGGCGGCAAUGAGAAAACGGAAGGUUCGCUUCCUGUUCAACAUGCACGACACCGACGGUGAUGGCAAAAUUACGCUGGAGGAGUACAGAAAGAUUGUCGAGGGACUUCUUUCAGAAAGUGAGUCCAUUGGGCAGGAAGUUGCUAGGGCGAUAGCAGAUGCUGCCAUGCUGGAGGUGGCGAGCACAAAUGUGCCCAACAUGGGCCCGGAUGACUUCUACGAAGGAAUUACAUUGGAACAUUUUGAACAGAUUCUAAAAGACCUUGAAAUGGAGUCCAGGAUGUAUGUUCGCUUUCUGGAUAUGAACACCGCUAAUCUGCAUUGUGGAAAAUAAUCCACUUGAGGGAAUUGUUGGUCUAAGGAACUCUUGAUGUUGCUGCUGUUUUUAGCAGAACCACCUCUGUCCUUAAAAGGGAAAAAGCAAAACGCUUUUUCAAGCACUAACAUGUUUUCAAUAUAAAAAAUUUGUAAGAUCCUCAAAACUGCAGGCUACUUGUGAACUUAAGGUUUGAUAAUAGAAAGUCUUUUUAUUGCUGUAUGUUAGCAUGUAGAGCAGUUUAGAUAUUUUAAAACUCCUCAAACUUUUCUUAGUUUUAUUGCAUUUAGUUAUAUGACCUCACACUGUUGCUUUGGAAAUUACUACUGUGCAACAUGAAAGAUUUUUACCUUGAAACAAAAGGUUGACACAUAAGAUGAAGUAUGUUACGGGUGAUCUACUGUGCUGAGCAUUUGGAGGACAGGACCAGUCCUCCUCAAAAAUCAGGAUACAAUAUUUUAUGUUUUUACUACUGAAACUGUACAUAAUAAACCACUACUGUUAUAAAAGAAUAAAAACACUAAUUUUGAUUA